AUGUGCUGUGUACUUUUGAUUUCAGGUGGUGGAAAAAUAAGAAACAAAAUGAAGCCUUUCCAAAAGGUCUGUCUUUUCAAGAGCCUGCUUGCUAAUUGCUGCUGUCACAGCCAACUUGACAGCUAUCUUCAUCUUCUCCCUCCUGUUGCAAAGAAGAUAGGCUGCAUGGUGGGACUGCGUAACCAUGGAUUUUGGAGGCCAAAGCCUUUAUUGGACACAGCUAGAUUCACUCUGUUUUUUAACAGUUGGCACAGGAAAAACCAUCAGGAUUCUCAAGCUUUGUGGAAACAUGAGGCUGUGCAGAAGUAUUUGGAGACUCUAAGCAAGGAAUACCAGCAGGUUAGCCAUCAGUUAACUGCAGACUCAUUAAAUGAUUUUGAGCAAAGAAUCCUGAGGAGAAGAUGUACCGAUCUGUCCCCCAUUGCAGCUGCGUUUCAAGAAAUCAAAGAGGCUGAAAGAGAAGUUCAGGAGUUAGAAGCAAUGUGCACAGAGCUAGACAGCAGAGAUGAGAAACAACUUCUAGAACUUGCCUUAGAAGAGAAGAAAGGCCUGGAUAAAAAAAUGAACAUGUUGUGCAGAAAGAUUUUCCAGCUUCUAGUGCCAAAGGAAAAAUAUGAUAGAAGUCCUGUCAUAUUAGAAGUGACAGCUGGCAGAACAACUGGAGGGGACAUCUGCCAACAGUUCACUAAAGAAAUGUUUGAGAUGUACCAGAACUAUGCCGACUACAAGGGUUGGACCUUUGACAUCGUGAACUAUACGCCGGCCGAGAUAGGAGGCUUGCAUCAUGCUGCUGCUCAUAUUUCAGGAGAGAAUGUCUACAGGCAUCUGAAGUAUGAAGGAGGGACUCACCGAGUCCAGCGAAUCCCUGAGACAGGCAUGUCAUCAAGAAUGCAGCGUAUUCACACUGGGACAAUGUCAGUCAUUGUCCUUCCUCAGCCAGAGGAGAUUGAUGUUAAAGUGGAUCCCAAAGAUUUGCGUAUAGAUACAUUCAGAGCCAGAGGAGCAGGAGGGCAACAUGUUAACAAAACUGACAGUGCUGUGAGGAUUGUGCACCUUCCCACAGGGCUGGCAGUUGAGUGCCAGCAGGAGCGGUCACAGCAGAUGAACAAGGAAAUAGCUCUGCGGACACUGAGAGCUAAGCUGUGCCAGCAGGUCAUUGAAAAGCAGCUCAGUCAAGAGCAGAGCGCCAGGAAACUGCAGUUGGGAACAAGAGCCCAGUCAGAGAGAAUUCGUACUUACAACUUCACCCAGGACAGAGUCACUGACCACAGGAUCUCCUAUGAUGCACGCAAUAUCAAGGAAAUUCUAAGUGGGAAAGAAGCACUGGAUAAGCUAAUCAACAGACUACUGGAGUUUGCAGAGAUAGAGGCCGUCACCCAAUAUCUAGAAAAUUUGCAGGCUUUAGAAGGAGGAGGCUGAAGACUUCAAGUAGAAUUAAAAGAGAAUUGUUGUGUUUGUUAGCCGAAUAAAACAGAUGUGUUUAUCAGAUGA